GUUGUUAAUGUUCAUUUCUACUUCAAAUGUUGAAUUUAGGGUUUGUAAUCUGCUCUAAUUUCUUAUUUAGGUCUCUAAUUUGAAUUUUUGAAUUUUCUCGAAAUUCAUCAAAAAUGGCAAAGGAAAACUUGAAUAAGCUUUGUAUGGAUGAAUCAGACCCAAUGCUCAACGCUGUAGUGAGAUGCAAACACGGAAUUUUGCUGAAUUUGCAAACUUCUUGGUCGAAAUUAAAUCCGGGAAGAAGAUUUUGGUCUUGCCCAUGCUAUGGUUCUAAAAAUUGCAAAUUUUUUCGAUGGAGGGACAAAGAAGAAGUGGAUCCAAGAUCAAGUUUUAUCCUUCCAAGAUUGGUGAACAAAAUCAAUGAGUUGGAGCAAGAAUUAUGUAUUAGACAGGUUCAUAUUGACAACUUGAUGAACUCUAAUUUGUUAUUGGAGAGGAGACUCAAUAGAAGGUUGAAAUGGUGUAGGUUCAACAAGAAGAUACUUUUGUGUAUUUUGAUUUGUGUUGUUGCUAUGUUCAUCAGCAACCAGUAGUUCAAGUGCUGCAUAUUUGGAUUUC